UGGCGCAUGCGUAUGUUUACUCCAGUCUUCUGUGUGCCUUGUAGGCAUGCGCGUGAUAGUGGUGCGCAUGCGCAGUGCGAGUAGGUUCGGUUAGUGACAGCUAGACUCGAAGGCGAGAGCCAUGGAUAGUGGUGAGGAUGCAGCUCAAAGGCCUUCGACUCUAGAUCUAGCCGGACUAGAGAAAGACGUUCCGGCAGUCCAAGCACCUUCAGACGCCGCCGCUAUGAGCAGUCACCCCGACACUACAGACGCUCUCUUCCAAGAGGAGAGCAUUGACCUGGACGUAGAAGCGUUCAUCUCCCCUCAGGAUGACAGCAAUGCUUCUGUGAGCGUCACGGAUAAGCUGAACGAUCAGAUGAUGGAGAGCGUCAUGAUCUCCGAUUCCCCCAACAGUGAAGAGGAAGAUGUUCCUAUUGACUCUCUGUUAGAGCAAACAGAUGACAAGGAGUCCCUUGACUCCAAAGAGCCUGAAGAAGAUGAAGAGAAUGACCCAAAAGAGGAGAAGGAGGAGGCUGGAACUGAACAGGCCACACCUGAUGAUACUGUUGAAUCUGAAAUGUCUCCAGCUUUAGCUGAAAAGGAGAAAACAGAGGAAAAUGAUAAGGACAGCACAAAGGAGGCUGUUACAGGCACGGUGCCUGCUCCAAGCAGCCCCAAAGCUGAGGAAACGGAGCUUGAAAUAGCCAAGCAUGUGAUUAAAGACGAGCCCAUUCCAGUGUGCACUAUUUUCAGCCAAGCCAUGCAGAAUAAAGCACAGUCCCUGGUGCCUGAUGGAUUUCAGCCGACUUUGGUCAAAUCCCCGAGCUUUACAACUGGCCAUAAUGAAACUCCCAAUAAACUAGUGCCUCUGGUAUCUCAGCCCAGUCCCAGUCUCAGUAAAUUCUUCACUGAUAAUGGCACUGUUAACCCCGCCUCAGACUUCUUUGACUCCUUCACAACAUCCUCAUCUUUCAUUUCAGUUAGCAACCCAAACGCAGAGACACCGAAGUCCCCAGCCCCUCCUGAGCGCCAGCUUUCUUCAGGCUCAAGCAGCCUUCUUCAAGAUGGAGGCACAGCCAGUACUUACUUCAGUCCGGCUCCUCCCGAGAGCACACCGAGGCCUGUGACAGGCCCUGCAGAACCUGUAGUGACUAUUAGUAAGCUGCAAGCGGUAUUCUCAGGCAGCGAUGAUCCGUUUGCGAGUGCUCUGAGUAUGAGCGAAGUGGACAGACGAUAUGACGCCUGGCUUCCCUCUGAGGAGACCAGGAGAGUUCUGAUCUCUGUGGCCACUCAGCAGGUCAACCCUGUGCAUGUAGAUAGGGAGAGGCUAUCCAUGCCCGGACUCAAGUUUGACAAUUUGCAGGGUGAUGCAGUGAAGGACCUGAUGCUGCGUUUCCUUGGAGACCAGGCAGCGACGAAGAGGCAAGUUCUCACUGCUAACUCAGUGGAGCAGAACUUCUUGGGUCUCAAGCAGCUGAUCGGCACAAAGAACUGGAGGGCAGCUGUGGACCUGACGGGCAGACUGCUGACGGCUCACGGCCAAGGCUAUGGCAAGAGCGGCCAGCCGAGCACCCACACCACCGACACGCUGCAGUUAUGGUUUGUGCGUCUGGCUCUGUUGGUUAAGCUCAACCUCUUCCAAAAUGCCGAGCUGGAGUUUGAGCCGUUUGGUAAUCUGGACCAGCCGGACCUUUACUACGAGUACUACCCUACAGUGUACCCUGGAAGACGAGGUUCGAUGGUACCGUUCUCCAUGCGUGUGCUGCAUGCUGAACUGCCUCAGUACUUAAACAAGCCCCAGGAGUCUCUGGACCGCUUGCACAGCAUGAGAAGCAUCUGUCAGAAAAUCCUGGCUAACCUGGAGGAAGGACUGGCUGAGGACGGGAGCAUGAUGACUCUCACUCAGGAAAACAGACAAGCCUCUAUUCAGCUGUGGAGGUCACGUCUGUGCCGGGUGAUGUACUCCAUGGCAAACUGUCUGCUAAUGAUGAAGGACUAUGUGCUGGCUGUUGAGACAUAUUACUCCAUCAUCCAGUAUGAGCCACAGCAGAGAGUGCAGCUGUUGAGUGGAAUAGGACGCAUCUUCCUACAGAUUGGAGACAUCAAAACUGCAGAGAAGUAUUUCCAGGAAGUAGAGAAAGCUGGUGAGGAAAAAGGAAAAGGACCAACUCAUGACACGGCUAUUUUAAUGAACAGGGCAUUUGUGUACCUGAGCCAGAAUAAUUAUGCAGACGCCCACACGUGUUUCUCCAGCGUCUUGAAAAUUGAUCCCAACAAUCCUGUGGCGAACAACAACGCAGCAGUGUGCUUACUUUAUUUGGGCCGCCUAAAGGAGUCUCUGGGUCAGCUGGAGAGCCUGGUGCAGCAGGACCCUGCGCUCUACCUGCAUGAGAGCGUGCUCUUCAACCUGACCACCAUGUACGAGCUGGAAUCAUCACGCAGCACGCAGAAGAAACAGGCUCUGCUGGAGGCUGUGGCCGGGCGCGAGGGCGACAGCUUCAACACGCAGUGCCUCAAACUGGUGUAACUAAUCACCAACCAGGAGUGCGUUAGAUCUCUGUUUCACUGCUUCAUGAUGUGACAUGAGCUCCAUUAACAAGAUCUUUUUUUUUUUUUUUUUUUUUUUUUUUUUUAGAAGACUUUGUAAUGUUAUGUGUGACCAAAAUCAAAGCUGACCUGAAAUGACAUGUAUUCACACUAAUGUAUGUGAUGCAUUUGGAACUCUUAACCCAAUGUUUCUAUGCUAUCAGGUUGCAGGGGAAUGUAAAUAGAGAAAGAAUAUAAAAUCAAUUUUAAAAAAAGACAUUAAUGUAAAUAUUUAGCAUAUGUAAAGGAGAUAGCCUGAGUGGGAUACAGCAUUACAGAAAUUACAGUUUGGACACAGUUCUCAAAAAAUAAAUAAAUAAAUACAUUGUAAAGGGUAAACAACUCAGUUGCCUGUGUGCCAGAUUUUAUAUCUGGGCUAUCAGUUUUUUAUUUGUGUUUAUGCUUCCUUUGAGACACGUGAAGCCAGCCGUCUGCAGCUUUUCUAACUGCUGUUCAUGCUGCAAUGCAGGGCAGCGUAACACACUCAGAGGAAAGCGCUAUCUUCCCUCUUCCACAUACAUGAGCUCAUAGAUGCCUGUGAUUGGCUACUGUCUCUGUGACUGACAGGAGAAAGAGUAUGAGUCAUUGACAGCAUCAUUGGAUUCGAAACUUGCGAUCUCCGGAUGGUAGGGUGAGCGCUUUUCUGUUGCGCCAGCAGCACAACUUACUGAAUUUUUGUCAAGGCUGAAAACAUGAUAUGCUUCAUUAAAACAUUUUUAGAAGAGGAUAAGGACCUGAAGUCUACUUGAAGUCAUUCUCUCCCUGGGAAUUCAUAUACUUGUUCAUUUCCUUACUUAACUUGACGUAUGUUAUUACAUCACCUUAGCUGCCAUGUUUAGAUUAGUCAGUUAGGUUUCUGGGCAACUUAAGCAUGGGACAUGGACAGUACAAAGUUCACUGUAUUUAUUGACUUCAUAUUAAGAUGAUCUUUGCGCUAUAGUUCUUCUGAGAAACUUCUGGGAAAGCCUUUUAUUAGAUUGUAACCAGUCAGUCCACUGUAAACAUACAAUAGAUAAAACUGAAUUCGAGUGUGUAUUGUUUGUACUGUGUGUCGCUUGACUAUACCAUACAUUUCUUUCAAGAAUCUAAAUAAACCACGGCUGAUUUUGAAGUA